AGCAUGGCCCCCGGCAGCGCCGCGGAGCCGGAGCGAGGGUGACCGCCCGCGGGGGACACCGUGCCGUGCCGCUGGCCUCGGAGGACUUUUACUAUAAUUGCCAUCAUUGUUAUUAUUAUUAUUAUUGGGGUUUUAAUUUUUUAAUUCUUUCGCGGGGCAGCGGUUUUUUUCCUCCUCCUUCGGCGCGGUGGAAAACACACGUUUUAGACCAAAAUCCCAAACCAGCCCAUCCAUCCUCUUUGCUUUGCGCUUCGCAGCAACUUGGAGCCCGUUAAUUGCACUUGGCGAUGGAUGAGUUCCACCCCUUCAUCGAGGCGCUGCUCCCCCACGUCAGGGCCUUUGCCUACACCUGGUUCAACCUGCAGGCCCGCAAGCGCAAAUACUUCAAGAAGCAUGAGAAGAGGAUGACGAAGGAUGAGGAGAGGGCGGUGAAGGACGAGCUGCUGAGCGAGAAGCCGGAGGUGAAGCAGAAAUGGGCCUCGCGCCUCCUGGCCAAGCUGCGCAAGGACAUCCGGCCCGAGUGCCGCGAGGACUUCGUGCUCUCCAUCACGGGCAAGAAGCCCUCAUGCUGCGUCCUCUCCAACCCCGACCAGAAGGGCAAGAUGCGCCGCAUCGACUGCCUGCGGCAGGCGGACAAGGUGUGGCGGCUGGACCUGGUCAUGGUCAUCCUCUUCAAAGGGAUCCCGCUGGAGAGCACCGGCGGCGAGCGCCUGGUCAAGUCGGGCCAGUGCACCAACCCCAUCCUCUGCGUCCAGCCCCACCACAUCAGCGUCUCCGUCAAGGAGCUCGACCUCUACCUGGCCUACUUCGUCCGUGAGAGAGAUGCAGAGCAGAGCAGCAGCCCCCGGACAGGCAUUGGCUCGGACCAGGAGGACAGCAAACCCAUCACGCUGGAUUCAACAGACUUCCAGGAAAGCUUCGUCACCUCGGGGGUGUUCAGUGUCACCGAGCUCAUCCAGGUGUCCCGAACGCCGGUGGUGACGGGCACAGGGCCAAACUUCUCCCUGGGGGAGCUGCAGGGCCACCUGGCCUAUGACCUGAACCCCUCCAGCACCGGCAUGAGGAGGACACUGCCCAGCACCUCCUCCAGCGGGAGCAAACGGCACAAGUCGGGGUCCAUGGAGGAUGACAUUGACACCAGCCCUGGGGGCGAGUACUACACCUCCUCCAACUCCCCCACCAGCAGCAGCCGCAACUGGACAGAAGACAUGGAAGGGGGCAUCUCCCCCACUGUGAAGAAGACAGAGAUGGACAAGUCCCCCUUCAACAGCCCAUCACCCCAGGACUCCUCACCCCGGCUGAGCAGCUUCACACAGCACCACCGUCCCGUCAUUGCUGUGCACAGUGGUAUCGCCCGAAGCCCGCACCCAUCGUCUGCGCUGCAUUUCCCCACCACCUCCAUCCUUCCCCAGACGGCCUCCACCUACUUCCCGCACACGGCCAUCCGGUACCCGCCUCAUCUCAACCCGCAGGACCCGCUCAAAGAUCUCGUCUCGCUGGCCUGCGACCCGUCCAACCAGCAGCCCGGACCGUUAAAUGGAAGUGGUCAAAUGAAAGUGCCCAGCCACUACCUGCCCACGCAGAUGCUGGCGCCGCCACCUCCCCCCGGCAUGCCCCGCUUGGCCGUCUCUCCUGACACCAAAUCCACCACGACAACUUCCGAGGGAGGGACGACCUCGCCGACAUCACCCACCUACUCUGCACCAGGCACGCCCCCUGCGAACCGUUCCUUCGUGGGAUUAGGACCAAGGGAUCCUGGGAGUAUCUAUCAGGCACAGUCCUGGUACCUGGGAUAACCGCCGCCGUGCCGCCCCUUCGCCUCCCUUCUCCUCUGCUUUAGGCACCCCCAGAGGAACAUCCCCGUCCCCGAGCACCAGGCCCAGCCUUGCGGUGACGACGGAGAGCGCGGCCUCACGACGACGACGACGACGACAAGCAAAACCCACACCCGAAGGAAAGAGCAAGGGAAAGGAAGAAGGAAAAGGGUCAAACUGUUUUAAAAUGGGGAAAAAAAAAAAAACAAAACCCACAAACAAAAAACAAACAAACCAACAACCCAUCCCAGGAGGACCUUUCUCCCCACCCCGGCGAUUCGCCAGAAAACAAAGAAACAUGAAAAACAGAAAAAAAAAAAAGAAAGAAAAAACACUAUUAUUUACCCCGUGGGCCAGCGCCGCGCUGAGACCUGACACGAGCGGUGCCAGCAAUGCCUCCCGGCCCCGCCGGCCGCUCGCCGAAUAUGCAAACGGCUUUGACUCUCGUUCUUGCCUCUAUGUGAGUAAAAAAGAUCAAAACCUCCCCCGCCGACCUCCCCGGCCCCAGACUGUCGGGGGCUCCCGGGGCUGGGCCGGGGACCCCCUCCCGCUGCCGCAGCCCCGCGGAGUGGGUGCGCUCCCGGUCGGGCGGGUGGCGCUCGGUGCUGUGCGAGCGCCCCGGGGACGGUGACAUCGCGCUGCGGUGACAUCGCGCUGCGGUGACACGGUGACGGUUGUGCGGUGGCACAGCGGAUCGAGCGGGUGGCACAGGAGGAGGGGCCUUGUGACCACAGAGGGUGCAUGGGCACGGCCAGGAUGGUCGCGGCGGCGGUGUCACCUCGGUUCCCGCUCGGACACGGUGUCGGGACGCUCCCACCACGGCCCCACGCGUCACAGCGGCGGUGGCACCCCGGUUCCAUCGGGGACGCGGCACGGGGACUGUCGCAGCCCGGCGGCCACCGUCGUGCCAAGGCACCGGUCACCGUCUCUCUGGUCGCCUUCCUCCCCAAGCCUGCACCGGCCCGGGCCCCGUGUGUCCCCAGCCGUGUCCCUGUGUCCCCAGCCGUGUCCCCGCGCCCGGGGGGGUUCCGCGGGGCUGGGGGAGGGGGGCCGUGCGUCCGUGUGUUUGAGCUAUGCAUUCCUGUGGACAGGUACCGGGGGGAGGCAGGGUGCGCUCGUGUUGCACAUUUUGUAGGAAAUGCACUUUUAAGAGGGAAUCAUCAAAAAAAAAAAAAAAAAGAGGAAAAAGAAGAAGAGAAAAGAAAACAAAAUCACAAAAAAAGGGGAAGAGGAAGAGGAGGAGGAGGUGGAGUCCCCAGCACCGGCUUGCCGGGACGGCUGGUUUGGGGUUUUUGGGUUUGGUGGUUUUGUUUUUUUGGGUUUGGUUUUUUGGUUUUUUGGGUUUGGUUUUUUUUUUUUUUUUUGGAUACAAAAGGAUGGAACAAAGAAGCCCGAGCGACGGCGAGGGCAGAGCCAGCCCCCCGGAGCCCCUCGGAGUCCCCCGGAGCCCCCGGCCCCGCGUCAAGUGCCUGAACUGCGGCGGGGAGGGGUCCCGGAGGAGCCCCCGGCCGGGGCAGCGCGGGAGGGAGCGCUCGGCCGCCCCCGUCCCGUGCGGUGACAGCGUGGCCGGGAAGGGGACGCAGGGACGUGGCAGUGCCUUAGAGCAGAGGGACCCCCGCGACGGCCGAGGCGAGGAGGAGGAAGAGGACGAAGGUGCCCGUUGUCCCCAGCGAGAUGAGGAGACUGAUCCCCAAAGGAUCUCCGGCCCAGGGAACACCCGAAGGUGAUGGAGAGAAGCCACCGCGGAGGUCCAGGAGCUCCAGGGGGUGUCACCGAGGCCGCCGUCGCCACCCGGCUGGCCCCGUGCCCUGGCACCCAGAGCUGCCCCGAGGACCAGCGGCAUCGCAUCCCCACCCAGUGCCCCCCGCUUCUCCCCCGCUUCCCCCCGCUUCCCACCCCCCGGGACGGCACAACGAGACACCGGGGAAAGGGCUGACGCAGGAAAUCCCGGGAGACAGAAAAAUAAUAAAAAAAGGACAAGAAAAGGAGAAAACCAACAAAAAAAAAAAAAAAAAAAAAAAAAAAGAAGAAAAAAGAAAAGAAAAAACAACAAAAAAAGCGCUUGGCGGAGAGGGAAACCUGUUUUUUUUAAAGAUCUGAGAAAAGAAACACAUAAAAAAAGACAAAAAGACAAAAAAAAAAAAAAGACAAAUAAACUGCAUGGUGCUUUAACAGGAUCUGGUGACCUGGCUCAACCCAGCCGCGGCUGGCUGAUGCUGUGCAUGGCAGACUCUUAUUAACCGGCUCUACCUUCCCCUUCAGCAAAAGAGAAAAAAAAAAAGAGGAAAAAAAAAAAAAAAAAUCUGUAUAAAAGAAAAAAACAGCCGUAAAAAAAAACACACAAGAAAAAAAAUCCAUGUUUUCCUAAUUUGCACGAAAUUUUAUACCACAUGAUGUGCCUUGCCUUCGAAGCCUAAGUAUUACUGGACCCGAUAUCAGUGCGAGGGAGUCGCUGCAUGCCCGGGGCUCCCGGGGGGCCGGGGGGGCCGGGGGCCGCUGCCCCCCCCUCGCCUCCUGCAUGGCUUCUUCUCGGCCGGAAAAGUCCCUUUUUCUCUCUAUUCUUCUUCUUUUUUAACAGAUUUUCCCCCUCAGAAACGUCUUCCAGUUGGUAAUACCGAUGCAUCCUCUGCGCCAACACACCGGAAUAUGCAAUAGCUGUGGGGGGGGCCGGCCGGGGGGGCGGCCGCCCCUUUGCUUUGCCUCUCUUUUCUUUGUUUUCCUUCCCUUUUGGGGGGUUUUGAUUUGUUUUUUUCUGCUUCCAGCAACCAAAGGCAGCGAGGCGGGAGGCGGCAGGGACCCCCUCGGGGGGGCCGCGGUGUCCGGGCGGGGCAGGGCCGAGCGAGGCGCGCCGGGCUCCGUGCGGGACGGAGGAGCGGGGAUGGACCCGCGGGGCUGCCCCGGGCCGGGCACAGCUCCCCCCGCUCCCCCUUAGGGCACCCCCGGUUUUUCGUUGGUUUUCAGCGGGGCGCAGGGCCAGGAGGGCUGAGCCCGGCUGCUCUCGUACAGGAAUGGAACCGUGUGAAUGUAGCUGUGCCCCCCGGGCUGGGGACAGGGGCUCGCAGCCUCCCCCCGCCUCCCCCCAGCCGUUCAUCCCCGGGGUGCGGCGGGCAGCGGCAGGAGGGGCCUUCUUGCCGCCUCUCCCUGCUGUGCCCGCUGCCGAGCAGGGGCCCCCCAGCCCCGAAAAACCCUGAAUUUGCCUUAAAACCCCAGCGUUCCGCCGGCUGGAGACCCCCGAGCUCCCUGGGGCUGAGAACUGACGCGGGUUGUGACACCGGUGGGCGGGUGGCACCGGCAUCGCUGCUGCUCGGGCAUGAAGAAACGUCGUCGUCAACAGUUUUUAAUUUUUGUUUGUUUGUUCGGUUUGGUUUUAUUAAUUUUUUUCUUUUAUUUUUUUUUUUUUUUUUUUUUGGUGUCCAAAAGUAUUAGAAGGGGGUGACGGGGUGGUCGCGUCCGCCGGGUUUCGCCCACAGUUGAGGCUGGUUUGAGGGUCCCAGAACCUUGGGGGGAGCCUUGGGAGACGCUUCUUUAUGCAAGGUGCAGUAUUGAUUUCUGCAAGGACAAUGCAA